AUGACUGCCAGAAUCUUGUAUAUUCACUCUAACAUGCCCUCUGUCCCUUGGGACAGCCCCACUGCAGUUGUGGCCCCAAGUACUCCCUCACCUGGACACUACCACAUCCUGUAUCGAGGGUAUGGAGAGAGCCAGGUGUGCUGGCAUGGAGAGACAUACUGCAUGAUUGGUACAUACAGGACAUAUGGAGAUAUUCCCCUGGCUACCCCAGCAAAGUUGGAAGCAGAGAAGCCAGCACCCCGACGGGCCCUCAAGAGGCACCACACCUUUUCUGAUUCAGACAUUGAGCUAGGCUGCUCCAGACCCAAGAUUCGACGCUUGCAACGUGGCACCAAGAGGCAGAAGCUCACUGGAUGA